GUGGUGAACUCCGCGGCGGCACUAGCGCUGCAGGAGGCCAAUGCUUCGGAGGCGGAGCCCAACCGCGAGAUUCACUCGGCCCGCAAGACCGCGGCCUGCUUCGUCUCCGUUCCUAAUCGCGGCACUGGUGGCGUCGCGGUGCUCACCCCUGGGCUAUCGCCGACUGAAACUGCUGAUCCUGAGCGACGUCGUCACUCGGAGCCCGCCCCUGGUCGCGUCCAACGGCUCCAGCAAAAGUCGGACGUAACUGGCGUUGGCGAGGGCGCGCUCCGCAACAUGAUCGCGAUCUACAACAUUCACAACUUCCAGCUCGCCGCGGACCAGGCCCAGCGCACGAGGGGCUCGAUCCGCGCCGAGCUCAGCACUGCCGAGCAACAGCCCGAGCGGGUCACCGUGCUGGUCAUGGGUGACUUCAACUUCAUGGAUGAGGCACCGCUCGAGAUGACGGCGCCGCUGGUGGAGCCUAAGUUACCGACGCACUACGCCGAGCACUCGCAGCAGUGCACGCGGGUUGACAAGAUUUACAUCAGCUCCCCGCCGUGGUUGCUGUCCCAGUGGUGCGCGAAGGUUGACAUCCCCAUGGCGCCUGGCGCCCUCUUCCGCAUUGGCAUCUCUGACCACGCCCCAGUUCACCUACGCCCCCUCUUCGCCGAAUACUUCGACCUGAUGAAUGGUGCUGCUGACGUGGACAACUACCCGCCCUUCAUCCGCCUUAAGGAGUUCAAGCGCCUCAUCCGCGAGGCGGCCAGGCUGGCGCGCAAUGACCUGGCAGACGCGCGCGCGCCAUGCUCGGCGGCUGCCCUGACGGCAUGCAGGGCGAUAUCAAGGGCAGUCUGGAGGAAUGACUGGAAGAGCGCUCGCGCACUGCGCGCUAGCACGGAGCUGGGCGCAAAGUUCCUGGACAUCUCUGAUAGCAACCACAUCGCGCUGAUCGAGCCUGAGACUUGCCGUCGCACGUUCGAGCAACAUCAGAAGGAGUACCUGGACCCGCGGGCGGAGGCCAUGCAGCAGGAGGAGCAAGCGAGGGACACCCCCUACCUCAAGCGGCAACGCCUCCGCAAGAUGCCGAGAGCGACCGAGAAGCGCGGCAAGCUCUGGGCCCCCACUGGCAAAGUUCUGAAGCUCAGAGCCAUCGAG